UGUUUUGUAUAGGUUAAAUAAGACACUCAAGAAAAAGAGGUAUUUUUGCAUUGAAGAAAAGACCAAACAACUCUAUAAAUUGCUUAUAAUUAUAACAAAGUUACGCUAAUUACAAAAACUGAAUGAUUCAAUAUCAUUAAAAAUUUCAGAUACAUUGUCAAAGAAAUUAUAGAAUCAAAAAUGUCUGAGCCCGUAGACAGUUCUGAUCCUCCUGAAAACUCUAACGAGUCAGCACAAAAUUGUGCAUCUAAUAAUGCUGGUAAGAAAAAGCCAGCAUGUAUUAUUGUUCUUGGAAUGGCUGGUUCUGGAAAAACUACAUUUGUACAAAGACUUGUUUCAAUAUUAUAUAAUGUAGGAAAGCCAUAUGUAAUAAAUUUGGAUCCUGCCUGCAAAGAAGUUCCUUACCCUGCAAAUAUAGAUAUUAGAGAUACUGUUAAUUACAAGGAAGUGAUGAAACAAUACAGUUUAGGUCCAAAUGGUGGUAUCGUUACUGCCUUAAAUCUAUUUUCUACAAAAUUUGAUCAGGUUAUAGAUCUUAUUGGCAAAGCAGGCGAAGAGCAUGAAUAUGUCAUUUUAGACACUCCUGGACAAAUUGAAGUCUUUACAUGGUCAGCAAGUGGAACUAUUAUAACAGAAGCUUUAGCAUCUGAGUUCCCAACGAUUGUAGUAUAUGUAUUAGACACUGUGAGAAGUGUUAAUCCUGUAACAUUCAUGUCUAAUAUGCUCUAUGCAUGUUCCAUACUUUAUAAAACUAAACUACCGUUUAUUGUUGCUAUGAAUAAGAUUGAUAUCGUCGAACAUAGUUAUGCGGUUGAAUGGAUGCAUGAUUUCGAAGCGUUCCAAGAAGCAUUGGAUUCGGAAACGAGCUAUAUCAGUAAUUUAACUCGCAGUAUGGCACUUACACUCGAUGAAUUUUAUUGUCAUUUACGUAGUUGUGGUGUUUCUGCCGCGACAGGCGCUGGCAUUACAAAGUUUCUUGAGUUGGUUAAGGAUGCUAUUGAAGAAUAUAACAGGGAUUAUAGAAAAGAUUGGGAAAGAAUGAAAAUUAAACGAGAUGCUCAAAGACAAAAAAGAGAAGCAGCACAGCUUGAGAAAGCAGCUCAACAAGGUGCAGGAGAUAAUGUACCAUUAGUAACAGCAGUUAACAGUGGAAGAGAAAUUUCAGAUAUAUAUUUAAAAUAUGCUGGCGAUGAAUCGAGCGAAGAUGAAGAAGGAACGGAAAACCCAUACAAGGAUGAGGAGGAAGAGGAGGAAAAGAAAGAGGCAGAGUCCUUCAAAAACUUUUUAAACAGGCACAAAAUGCACCAAAGCAAACAUAAAUCUAAUCAAUCUGCAACAACUAGUAAUACAUAGUUUUUAUGGAAAUAAUUAUUUUUAUUUUUAUAAAUAAAUUUUGUUUUAAAGAAGUGAAUGCUAUGUUCUAUAUGCAUGUUAUAUAUUUUUUAGUAUGUAUUUUAUGAGUACAGUAAUAUUACUAAUCUAAAUUAUGCACAGUAAAUUAUUCUAAGUUAAAUACUAUGAUACUGAUAAUACAGAAAACUUGAAUCAUACAAAGUUUCAUAGGCAUUCAGUUAUUUUUCGAGAAAUCUGUCCAUUUUACGUAAACACUGGGAAUGAAUCGUCGGUUCAUCGAAUUAUCCUUUUUUGAAGAAAUUGACACCGAAUUUCUUGUAAUCCAAUUCAUGUUUGAUUCAUGGGCUUGCGUAGCAUAUAAGUUAAGGCUGAAUACUGAAAUUUUUGUAAUUUAUUAAUUGCAAAAAAAAAUCAAUUUUUACUAAAAUUGGAUAUGCCAUUGAUUAGUACAGUGCCAAAAUCAGAGCAAUUUAUUGUACUUCUUUCAUAAUUAGAAUCAUAAUAUGUUACAAAUUAAGUUAUAAUACCUUUUUCAUGGGAGUUUAAGGAGUUCAAGGAAUGUUUGUCUUUGGUUUCAUGGUUUUGCGUUUUCUGAUAUUCCCGCGAUAUCUGUUCUAAGGUUUUUGUUAAUGCCAACUGGAAAUAAAGCAAAACUAAUUUACUUUCAUGCAAAUAGUAGAUUUUGUAAAUAUGCUGUAAGACAUUAUUAUUACAUAGAUAAGAGAAUAAAGUAAAUACUCCAACUGAUUUAAA